GGGAACGAUGAAGGCUGUACUCCGAAACUCGGUGAGUGCUGUCUUCUCCGUCGUGCUAUUGUCCGUCUCGGCCCUGCACACGGUUCCCGAGGGCGCGCCGAUCGUGCGCACGGAGUGCGGUCUCGUAGCCGGACAGACGCUGACCGUGAGCGGACAACAAGUGGACGCCUUUUACGGCGUGCCUUACGCAGAGCCACCCGUUGAAGAUUUGCGCUUCCGCAAGCCCGUGCCGGCAAGGCCGUGGAACGGAACAUUCCGAGCGACGGCCAAGCCCCCGCCGUGCGCCCAGACAAACCACUUCCAUACGGACAACGUGACGCUGUACUACGGGUCAUUCAACUCGGAAGACUGUCUCUACCUGAACGUGUGGAGGCCGACCGCGUCAUGCAAGGGCACCGUUUCCUGCAAGGCGAACCUUCCCGUCGUCAUUUUUAUCCACGGUGGCGCAUUCCAGUGGGGCGACUCUGCCAUCUUCCUACACGACGGCGCCAACUUUGUGGCACUCUCCAACAUCAUCUUCGUGAGCUUCAACUACCGGCUCAACGUCUUCGGAUUUCUCUCCGCCGAAACGGAGGAUGUUCCAGGCAACUGGGGCCUCUGGGACCAGAAUCUGCUCCUCAAGUGGGUCCAGAGCAACAUCCGCUUCUUCGGCGGUGAUCCGAAACAGGUGACGCUCCUGGGACAGAGCGCCGGCGCCAUCUCGGCGGCCAUACACACGGUCUCGCCUUAUAGCGAAGGGUUGUUCAAGAGAAUCAUCAUGCUCAGUGGAAGCCCGGUAAACGUCGUCUUCACCGUAGCAGCGAAGGGCGUCGACUCUGUCAUGAGUCUCGCGCGUCACGUCAAAUGCGUCGGCUGGAAGCCCCGCAACCUGACCGACGUCAUGGACUGCCUCCGGACCGUGGACAAGCACGACUUCCUCCGGCUGCUGAACGGCGUGGAUCCGCGCAAGACAAUUUACGCGCCAGUCAGCGGUGACUCCUACGUACCCAAAGACUGCACGUUCCUCAGCACCUGGCGAAACAAGAUACGCAGCACAGAGGUGAUGAUCGGGACGAUGAAAGACGAGGGGUCCCUGUUCAUGGACAUCGCUUUCCGCUUGGCGCCCUUUGUGCGAAGCUACAUUGACAUCGACCACCGCACCACUGCCACAGCCAUCAUCAGCGCUCUGUUCAAGAUUCCUGGCGCCUCGGCCAAGCAGGUGACCGAGGCAUACUUCCCUGACGAGCAUCCUGGAGACAAAGAAUCCGUGCUGGGCACCCUGCAGGAUGCGGCCGGCGAGGGCCUUUUCGUGUGUGCCUCGAAUUUCUUCGCAGAGGUAGCUGCCGACCAGGGCCUGCCCGUUUACCGCUACGUCUUCGCGCACCGGCCCAGCUACAGCCUCUGGCCCCGCUGGUACGGCGCAACCCAUGGCGACGACGUGCCCUUCGUGCUCGGGUCACUGCCAUUCUAUGGGGACCCAAGCCGCUACACGGAGGCCGUGCUCCCGGACCGGGCGCUCUACGACGCCGUCAAAUACACGAACCAGGAGGGGCGCCUCAUGGCCGACAUGGUCGCCGCCAUGGCCGCCUUCAUCAGAACAGGGACGCCCACGGUGCCGCUGUCGAACGGCAGCUGGCCGCGCUACACGUCCACCAACCCAGAGUACGUAAGCGUGGAGCUAGACGGCCCAACGAAGCGGCUGGGACCAAGCCGCGAGAUCUGCAACGUCUGGAGGCGCUUCCUCAUAAGAAAGGAUCCUGAGGAGGAAGAUAUAAUGGAAGUCAAAAAGGAAGAAGAGGAGGAAGAGGAAGAAGAGGAGGAAGAAGAAGAAGAAGAUGAAACAGAAGACAGUCAUUCUGGAAACACAAUACAGCAAGCGAGUCCAGUGACAACACCAAGGACCUCCCUGUCCUCCUUCUCUGCCGCUCUUCAGCCAGAGAGGACUUUAAGUCGAGCAGGCAACGGAGUAUCAGCAUCAGGUUGUUUACAGUCACUGUUGCUGGUCGCUUCUGCAAUUGCAGCGUCAAUAGUCGGCAGUUUGACAGUCUAGUGCUGUUCUAUUACACUAAGAUAGACUGAUACACUGUACGGACCAUGCUGAGCAGCAGUAUUAUGACGCAUCCAUAAUUUCAGUGUCCCGCCAGAACAGUGUCUCUUAACCGACCAGCUUUACCGCACACACUUGCGUCAUAGACAUGGUUCUCAAAGGCUGCGCUCGUGUGUCUUAGCCUCUUCUCUGUCCUCGUCUUGUGCGCAAAAAGCUGCAUUCGUAGUUGUCAACAUAGCCUAAGCUACCAGGCGAACCCUAGUCGUACUCAGAGGCUAGACAGACAUUGCUGGCAAAUUUUGCAAUGCUCUCGUCGCACGCCUUUGAGUAACUCUUACGAAGAGUGAUUUCUUCCGUGUCGCAUUUGAAUAUUGAAAAGUUGACGCUAUAUGAAAUCCGCAACUAAACAGCGUGCGUCGAACGACAGUUGACGUCGAGUUUGCUAAACAUAAUUGAAUGUGAACCUUCAUGGGGUGUACGGCAGCGCGAUUAAAAGACGGGACAAAAGAAGACACACAGGGACACACACAGCGCUAACUUCCAACAAUGUUUAUUAUCGAAAACCAGGUCGCACUUAUACACUCAGCCAACAUGAGUCACAGCCACGUGAACAGAUAAACAAUCAGAGCGAAACAUCUUCGUGAGUGAUACUUAAGCCCUGCGCAAAAAUUUCAGCUCUUUUUCAGAGAGAGCCAAUGACGGUUUGCUGAUACAUGAAUCCCCUAGGGCAUCAAUCUGCUCGGCUUCUAUUAUAAGUCUAGUGAGUUCGCACUUAUUUCUACCAGUAAUGAUUGUUGAUUCGAAGAGAGGGGAGCACUUAUGUUGCUUACAAUGAAGGGAGAGAAAGCCAUCUGAUACAAGUUUGUCCACUUUAUUUUUGUGUUCGCGCAGUCUAUCAUUAAUGCACCUAUCUGCCCGACUGUCCGACGUAAUACUUCCCACAUGAUAAGGGUAUACGAUAUAUAAUUUAUGUCUUACAAUCUCUAAACUUCUUCCUGUGUUUAACUUGGCAGCUAGGAGCACUUUCUUUCUUUUCUAGUCUUGUUUUCCUGCACAGGCUGAUUAGUUUGAUAGGUGCACAAAAAACAUCAGUGUUGCCUCGAGGGGCAAUUUUCUUUAGUUUGUGCGACAACCGGUGGGUAUAAGGUAUCCCUGUUGGCCUUUUUUUCUCUCGGUUACUAUUUCCUUCCGCACAUUCAUAAGUCCCUGACUGCUGCAGUUGCCUAAGUAUUCCCUCUGUAACUGAUGCCAGAACACGAUUGGGAUAGCCUGCUUCAUGUAGCCGCAUGGCCUGUUGUGUGAAUGCUUCGUCAGUGCAAUGAUGGCAUGAUUGAGUAAGUUUGUUAGUAAAUCACAUUUUCGCAAUUCCUCUUUUUACCAGUUUAGAAUGGGCUGAAUGAUAUGACAACAAUGGUUUAUUUGUCCUGGGACUGUAACACCAGCAAGUUAGAUCAUCACCGAAGGUAAAUUUAACAUCAAGCAACUUCAUCUUCUAUUUUAUGGGCACAUCGAACGUAACUUCCAGUGGACAAAUACACUCGCGUAUAAUAUUACUAACAGCCGAACACUAUGUGUCAAAGUUGCCUAGCUUAACAUUGACAAACACUAAAAAAUCAUCAACAAAUCUAAAUAUUUUAACAACUUUCGUAUCAUUGAUGCGUGAGCAUAGGUCUCUGUCUAGCUUGGCUAAGUACGACCUGGUUUUCGAUAAUAAACAUUGUUGGAAGUUA